UUGCUCCAUUCAGUUGGCUUUGAGAGCUGCGCACGAGCUCAAGGAUAAAGCAAAAUGUUGCGGAAGAAACCAUUUCUCCGGCAUGCGGUGGCAUUCUGUGUGCCACCGCUGCUGGCCCUGCUAGCCGCACCGGGUGAAGCGAUCGUUGGUGGCAUCCGAUCCGCCACGCCACCGCUCGACGAUCCGGUCGUAUUUGUGCGCGUCGGAGGCCGUGCGGCACGCGUCGAGGGACUGCGCAAUCGCAACACCGGCCUGUACUCAUUCCGUGGCAUUCACUACGCGGAACCCCCGACCGGACAGAACCGGUUCGCACGGCCCCAGUACCGCCAUCUGAGCGGAGACGUGAAUGCGACGCGCAACGGGCCACCCUGCCCGCAGCCGGAACCGUCCAAUCCGUACCGCGUGAUCGGGCACGAGGAUUGCCUGCUGCUGAACAUCUUCACGCCCCAGAUGCCGGACGAAACGACCGGGCUGCCGGUGGUGGUGUGGAUCCACGGCGGUGGCUACCGGUACGGCUCCGCCUCCCAGUACGGUGCGGAACCGCUGACCUCGAACGGCGUGAUCUUUGUACCGAUCCAGUACCGGCUCGGCUCGUUCGGCAUGAUCGGCGACGGCAGUCGCGAUCUGUCGGGCAAUUUGGCGCUGCUCGAUAUGGCGACGGCUGUGCGCUGGGUGCGGGACUACAUCGCCUGGUUCGGGGGCGACCCGGCCCAGAUCAAGCUGGUCGGGCAUGGGUCGGGUGCGACGGCCGCGAUGGUGCUGGCGUCGGCUACGAUGGCCCGCAGCUCGGUGACCGGUGUGGUGGCCAUGUCCGGCUCGUCGCUGCAGCCGAACGCGUACGAAACGGAGCCGGUCGGGGCGUACCGCGAGGCCACGAUGCGUCACCGGUGCGCGGCUGGGAACGAAACGGAGGUGGUGAAGUGUUUGCGCGACAAGACGACGGAGGAGAUUGUGCAGAUGGAUACGGAGCUGCAGACGGAGCGGUUCCGUGGCGAGAAGCUCGUGAACGGGGUGACACCACAGGCCGGGCUUAACCCGGUCGUGGAGGAGAAGGACGAUGGGCGGGGCCUGUUGGGCCUGCUGACAGACAAGCCGGAGGUGUCGCUGCAGGCGGGCGACUUUCCCAAGAUUCCGCUGCUGAUCGGUGUGACCAAGGACGAGACGGCUAAUGCGAUUGAUGUGAAAGAGAUUCAGUCCACGUUUAAGGGAGCUACAAACUUCCUGAAGAAAACGAGCUCACUCAUCGGGCUGGAGGGCUUCCUGAACGUGGAGAAGCAGGUGCAGGCACUGGACACGGUGGGCGGCGUACUGCAGCUGGACAAGUACCUGGAAAUCCCGGCCGGCUGGGAUGUGACGCAAAUCUUCAGCAAGCUCGUGGAGGCCACGACGGACGCCGUCUUCAACCUGCCCGCCGUCGUGUCCGCCCAGGCCUGGAGCAAAAGCUCCAAAGCCUUCAUCUACAGCUUCGAGCACCGGUCGGACAGCACCAAGGGUCGCGACUUUCUGGCCGGCCUGCCGAUCGUGGCGAAAACCGGCACUAACGGAGCGGACGGCCGACUCGUUGGCCACGGUGAUGAGCUGGGCCUGCUGUUCGACACGCACGACCUGUACGGCAAUCCGAUCGCGUCGGCCGCGCUCAAGUCCGCGAAGGACCUGAACGCACGGAAAUCGUUCGCCUCGUUCAUCGCCAAGUUUGCGUACCUCAACAUGAGCAGCAUGCACCAGGACAAUGUGUUCAAGAGCUUCUCCAGCAAGGGCACCCCGUUCGUGCGAGUCGGCGAAAAGAUAGCGGUGGACAACGACUUCAGAUUCUGUCAACUGUCCAUCUGGGGGGCGCAGCUCGAGGCACUGAAGUCACUUUCCUGCUCGUUCCUGGGCGAGGGGCUCGGCUCGGUGAGCAAAGUGGUGGGUAAUGUCGUGCCCAUUAACAAAGUGUCCGGAUUACUGUUCGGUGGAUAGUCGUUUCGAACGACCGAGAGAGACAGAGAGAGAGAGAGAGAGAGAGAGUACGACACGGAGACACUACAGCCAUUUACCGAAAGUGUGAGCCAAGCGGAACUCCGGUAAACACAACGAUAGUGGACCGGCUUUUUAUGAUGUACAUCCUUCAAGGCGCCGAAUGGAAUAAGUUUCACGCCCGUCUCCCUUUCUCCGCCCGCACGUCGCGUAAUAAAGUGUACUUGUGUGGUACAUAAAA